CUCACAGUUUUUCAACAUCUCUUUAUCACAUGCUGAAAAUGAUAAUUUAGGAUUUCAUGCCUGUGUGCCAUAGAGAUUGGUAGGUGAGAUAUACAAGCAUCUCGACUACAAAAUUCUUGGACCAAAGUAUGCGAUGCCAUAAGAAAUGCAAGGAACGGUAAGAGAAUAAUGGUGCAAAUGGCAGAGUAUCAAAGGGCCAGUUAGUGAGAAAGACAUUGGUUCCUCUGCAAAACGGUUUCUUCUCCCCCAUUCUUCAGCUGAGCUGUGGAUACUACGACAUAAGAGUACAUCUACUUGUACCUAACCAGCAUGGAAUACCCGUUUGGAUUCUGACGUGUUUACCACACGUGCAGAAAGACUCGACACGAUUGGGGAGAAAAUUCGUUCGUCGAGGGAGAAUGGAUUUUGUGAUUUUGAAAGUGAAUGGUCAAGAUCUCUCUAAAUCAUCUCACGACGAAGCAGUGGAGGCAUUCCGGGCGGCCAAGGAGCCCAUCGUUGUCGAGGUCUUACGCCGGGUGACCAGCACCAAAAUGAAAAAUCGCUCUCCAACCAUGGUUUCUGUGGCAACACAAACAGAGGAGGAUAUUUACCUGUAUUCUGGACAGGUGGGCUCUCCCACUGCGUCGCAAGUGGAGUUAGGAUACAAUGCAUUUGGAUUGUACCAACCAUCAUCCCGGCGUCCAGUUGCAUUUGCCCCAAAUUCCGACAUGGGUCUUACUGAUAUUGAAAUGGCAAAUGCUGUUGAAUUUGAAGACCCGUACUUUGAAGACCGAACUUUUGAGAUGGAGUAUGAGGAAGUAACACUCCAGCGCACCACCAGUGAGGAAAAACUCGGCCUGACAUUAUGUUAUGGAUCAGCAGAAGAUGAAGUUACAGAUAUAUUUAUCAGUGAGAUUGAGCCUUCAAGUAUAGCUGCCCUUGAUGGCCGCAUUAAAGAAGGUGACCAAAUUUUACAGAUUAACAAUGUGGAUGUGCAUAACCGUGAGGAAGCCAUAGCAUUGUUUUCUGAUGCCCAGCCUGAUAUUACCUUGUUGGUAGCAAGACCUCAACUCCAGUUGGAUGACGGAUUCAUGGAUGAACAUAAUGAACUUUUGGAUGAUCCCAGAGUUGAGCUUUUGGAACAACAUCACCAUAGCAACAUGGCCUUUACAGCAAGCAUUUUACGACAGGGGAGGUUACAGUUUGAUGAGGAAGGUGGGACGACUGAUACUGCAACCACGGAGAACUCACACAAACAUGAAAAGGAUAGUGGUGUUGGCCGAACGGAUGAAAGCACGAAAAAUGAUGAAAGUUCAGAGCAGGAUAUUAUGGACAAUGAAAGCUUGUCACUGCGCUUCAGACACGGCUUUAACUUGGGAAAGGGAGAACACCAUGAUAGCAAUGACAGCUUUACAUCAAAUGAUCUGCAUGAUCGAGAAACUACUACAGGGGCAAAUGAAAUCUCUGCUGAAGCCUGCAACAAAUUUCGUGAAGUGCUAGAGCAUAAAUGUAACAGUGUUGAGAACUCACCACGCAAGCUUGGUUCUGUUCAAGGCUCCCAGAGCAGCCUUGAUCAAGAAUUAGCCAUCUUGAACAGAGAGAUGGAAGAGAUUCAGUUAGAGUGUGAGGAAAUAGUCGAGAGUCAUUUGCGUGAACAAGGGAAGGGUUUGUGUCAAGCCCAGCAAGAUAAGGAUAGUUCCAAAGCAGACUCCCAUAGGAGCCCUCGGAUAGUGCCGCGCAUGGGCACAAGGAUGGAGGUCCUGAAACAUGUUCAGACACCAGAACUCACUGAUCUGACAUGGGUGAGGAAAGAUUCUACUCGGCAUCCACAGCCUAUCACACAACCAGGGGUCCAUUGCCCUCUUUCACACAGUCUGAACCAGGACAAGGAGAGGGACUUGUCCACCACAAGUGCAUACAACACAGGUGGCGAGAGCUGCAGAAGCACACCUUUGACACUUGAGCUAAGUCACGUCUGCGAGGGAGAAAAGGGCUUGCGAUCAUCUAUGCUGUGUCUUGCAUCUGCUGAUCUCAACCCAUCCCUCUCCCUGAGUGACACUGAAAAGCAAACACAAACACUGUCACCAGUGAAAGCCAGGGAGUAUUCCAGCGAUGGUACUGGUAGUUUGCGCAGCUCGCAAACGGCCACAAACUCAGUCUUGUCCAAUGAUGUUACCCCUGUGCAGGAAAAUGGUAACAUUGUUGCACCAUCCGAAUCACUUGGUGAAUCGCUGCAAGACAUUUAUGCAAGAUAUGCAGAUGUAAUGUACACAAAUGAAGCCAAUCUUCAGCAUACCAUUGCUGUGCAGCAAAAACUCUUUGAGCAACAAAUUUCACAGAAAACUGGGAAGCUUCAACGUGCUGGUGGGUUUGGAGCUGAGUUAAACAGUUCUCCAAGUUCGACUCUGCAUAUGCCACCAGGUCCUUUGAGCCCUAAUGUUCCUGGUGGAGAAUCGUCCACUCAAAUGGAGUGGGUGGUCAAACGCCGACCUGAUGGCACUCGUUACAUUACUCGGCGACCAGUGCGAAACAAAAUUCUUAAGGAACGAGCUAAGAAACUUGCAGAGGAACGGUGUGGUAUGACAACCGAUGAUGAUGCCAUGAGUGAACUGAAAGUGGGAAGGUAUUGGUCAAAAGACGACCGUAAAAAACAUCUGGAAAAAGCACGAGACCAGAAACGUAAGAAGGAACAGCUGAUUCGCCAAAGAAUGGAAACUCUGAAAGAAGGUGAUGAAAAGACAAAUCUGAACAUUGUAGAAUUAAGUCACAGAAAAAUGAUGAAACACAAGGGCAAAAAAGUGUUUGAUGAUUUUAUGACUGUGCAAGAAAUGCUUGCACAUGGCAGUAAAGUGCCAUCAGGAAAAACAUAUAAUCCCUUGCUGUCUGUGACAACGGUGUGAUAAAGGAAUCCUAGAUGUGUUUUAAUCGUGUAAUUAAUUAUGACUGGUGAAAAGGGUAAAAAGUAUGAUUUGUGGUAACUAAUGAUUCUAAAUCACAUCUAGACAAAAAGGGAAAUGGGGGUUUAUUACUUUUAUCUAUAUUAUCUGGCUGGAAAGGUAGGUACUGAAUGUGCUUUGUUUUAAGUUCAAGAAUGUAUACUAGCCUCCAGUCGCCUUUCCUAGCCUGAGAGAAAGUGAACCAGCCUGUAUGUUCGAAGUCUAUAACUGGCAAUAUUGUUGUAAUAUGUCAGUCACGCACUACUUUCAGAGAAAGGGGGAGUUUGUCUGCUUAUUUUCCCUCUAUGUGGGAGCCAGACACAUUGGUGAUGAUGAUUUUGUGCAGAUCCAACUACGUCAACAUAAACAAUUGCUCACCACCAAUGUGGGACAAAGCCAAUCCUUUUCCGGAGUUUGUUGAAUUAAAGCAGCACAGUGUGCUUGUCAGGGAAGAUGAUGAAUAUGAAAUGUGAAGGCAACAAUUGUAAACCAGCAUGGUGGAAUUCAGAUCAGCAACUCAAUAUAAAGUUGUUAAAAUUUGUAUGUAGAUAUAUGCUAAUGGAGUCCGUAUGUAAUGCCACUUGUCUAAUUGUGUAUAGAGUGAAAUAUUUAGUAAAUGUAUCAUGUUUCUGAAGAUGUGAACAAGCCAGCCAGCUAAGCAAACCGUCCCUUCUUUUUAAAUCUAGAAAGUAACCUCAACACAGGGUCAGCAUGAUGCCAGCACUAUGAUGGUAUCUAAUCCACAAGAUAAUAAUGAUGUACAUGUAGAGUGAUGUUUUGUUCUUUUAUCAGUUUCUGUGAUUACAGAGCCUGUCUGUGCAGUGUUAAAAUUGUUCAAUCCUUUUUGGUGGCAACCUUGUAACUGUUAACAGAUCAUGGCAACAAUGCUAAUAUGUCAGGAUCUCAUGUUGUCAACCCCAGUAAUAUAGUGUAAGGGCAGAUUCUGCUUAGGGAUGAUGUAUUAUUAAGCUUGGAACAUAUUCUAAGAGCAGAUUCUGCUCAGAGAUAAUGUAUUAUAAAGCAUUCUUACAGGUGAUAAGUGCUGAAUGACCAGCACUAUCUACACACCAUGAAAUAAUUCUGUACUCACACUGAAGUAAAGGUUAUGAAUUCUGGCAUUCUUUGGAAGACAAACAUUUACAUAUCUUGUCAAAAAUGCUUGUACGAUAAUAUGUGUGUAAUGGUCGUACAUAAACCUUCCUUACAUUGUGUGGUGAUGGAUGACCAAUUGUGACAACCCUUGAUCUUUUUCUUUAACUGAUAGACACUAAUGCGCAUAAUGAACCUAUCUAGCCAUUGUUUUUUCUGGACUUGGGAAAAAUUGAAGUGGAUUUUCACUCAGUUUGAAGUGGCCACAGGUGCUGUGGUUCAGAGGGCAGUUAUAUCACCAAAUUGGUACAGCAAAAGCUACAUGCAGAGAAUACAUGUACUUACAAUAUAUGCCCUUACGACUUUAGUGUUACAUAGAAUUCACUGGUUUUCAUUCUUGGAUGGGCAUUUCCAUACUGGCAUAUGAGGACCAAGGGCAAAACAACCGUAAGAGGGCAGAUCUAACAUCCCUUUUUUGGGUGUUAAUGACCAAGUAGUACAAAUUAUAAACUUGAUGUAUUAAGAUAGAUUGAUUUUUAAGAAACUGAUGCUUUUAUUCAGUAUUUCUAAUUUGCAUUCAGAGCCAUGUGAAAGUGUUCUAUAUAGUAAAAACAAAUGGUAAAAAGAGUUCAGACGUUGGUGAUGGAGUCUGCAUUUGGCUAAAGUUUCUGUAAAAUAUGUGCAUUGGGAAUCUACUUAUGUUAUUCAAAUAUUUCUACCACCUGUUCUCUAGCUUGGGAUGACCUUACUAUAGAAAAAACAUUUAAAAUGUUGUCAAACUUUGCAAAUGUCCUGAGCGCUGUGCUUGAAGCUUCGACAUUUUGUUGACCACAGUUUUUGUCAUUACAAUUACAUUCAUUCAGUGUAACGUAAGAGUGAAAAUUAUUGGUAAAAGUGGAUAGGUCAUUGCAUGGAUUUGGUGGGAUAUGUUAGCCUCUCACAAUGUGAAAAAUACAUGUAGGAUUUUGUAAAAGCUAUAGUAACAGUGGAAUAUGCUUGUCACAGCUGUUGCAUUUUCUAAACAGACCAUUGUUCCUUCGAUUACCUUAACAUGUACUUAUGGAUGCCAAGGUCAAUAUUUGUGCGCUGGGUAAUGUCAGUCAACAUAGUUUAUGUACUCAACCACUUGGUAUAACUACUGGGAGCUUAUGUAAUGAUGAGUGUAACGUUUGUAAUCGCUAUUACCUUUUUUGUACUCCUGGAGAAAUAUCUUACUUAUAUAGUCAUCACCGUGUGGUAAGCACAGCAACCAAAGACGCCUGCACACAAUGCCUGAAGUUUCACCAGACAUGUCUAAGCAUGGUGACUCCAUCCUUAUACAUCCACCAGUGUUGGCCUUUAAAGAAUAUGGACAAAGCUUCAACCAUCGGUCAGUGUCCAAUGUGAACUGACCACUGUGUCUUAAUUUUGGUGUAUUGCACUGUACCAUAAACUACAUGUAUUCCCAAUCCCUCCGCCCUCACUCACAUCUUGAUCCAAAGUUACCAACCCAGAACCUUCUGUGAUUUCAAGGCUUUGACUAGAAAAUUACUUCAGAUACUACACAGAAUGUCAGCAUAGAAGUGACAAUGUACUUGGAAAUGUUGUCCAUAGAGUCAGUUGGGAUACUUACUGAGAAAUACCAAAUGUAACACCCCUUUAUACUCAUCCUUGAAAAGAAAAUAAAAGGAUGAAUAUAUAUUAAAUAUUUGUUUAUACCUCUAGGAUAUUAUCAUUUGAUUAUCAGACAUGUAGGUUAUUGCACAUAUACAUUAUAAAGUAUUUGCAGACCUGCAUGUUAUGUAAAACCUCAAAUUGGACUAAAGAUGCCAGUGCAAUCGUUUCUGGUCAAAGCCAUGAUCUCCGGAAAUUUCACAAUGCCUGUCGUUUACACAAUUUGCCCAAACAGUACACGAUUCCCUGCAGCUUUUGUAUGCUCUUGCGUGAGAACUCAAGAAUUUCCCCUCCUCGCAAUAGAGAGGAGAAUAUGUCCGAAUAAAUUAUUGUUUUUAUUUAUUGUA